UCAGUCACAAUUGUGUAGACAGUUUAUCUCUAAUAACUUAAAUAAUUUGAAUCUAGGUUCAUCAAAAGCAUGGAUUUUGUGUUUAAAAUCGUUUUCCUAUUGUUUUUUUUGCAGUUCAUAAGUGUUAGUAAUGGCAAGGUUGAGAGACCAUAUAGGAGCAAGAUUGCAGUUAGUAAUGGAGGGACAUUGGGCUCAUGGGGACCUCGAGAGAUGUGUCCCUUUGGAACCUAUGCUACAGGCUUUAGUCUCAAAGUUGAAGAAGAAUUAAAUGAUGAUAACACAGCCCUAAAUGGAAUUUCCCUUUACUGCAGUGGAUCACCAUUGAGUUCUCAGCCCGAGUCUACAGUCGAGUCUGAUGAAGGAAGCUGGGGGAAUUGGACAGAGGAAAUUUAUUGCGAUUAUGGAGUGUUAAUAGCAUUUCAGCUAUGUGUAGAAGGCUCUCAAGGAGAUGGUGAUGAUACCGCUGCUAACAAUAUAAGGUUCUUAUGCAGUUCAGGAGAAAGACUCACUGGCGAUGGCAUGUCCUGGGGAAAAUGGGGUAAAAGGAGUGCUACAUGUUUUAACUCAGCAAUUUGUGGAAUUCAAACAAGAGUCGAACCACCACAGAAUCCGGGAGACAACACCGCUCUUAAUGACGUUCGCUUUUUCUGCUGCACUUAAGGUACAUUUUAUUAAGGGAUAAAGGAUGAUGGCAUGGAGAUAAUACAGAGAAACUUCUUCCACAAUUCUUACUGCGCUUUAUCAUAUAAAGAACAUUUGCAUGUUAAUCUAUUACCUCUUUGGAUCUAAAACUUUAAAUGCAUAGAAAUAAUUAGGAGCUGCAAAAUUGAUUUCUGUCAUUUCAGUUACCAUUUAAAAAUAUGUAAUGCUUCAGUGUAAACUUAAUUUGUCAUCAUUUCAUUGACCUGUUUUUAAAACAGAGUGUGAUACCUGUCGAGCUGUCACUGAGAUUCUGUCAUCUCCCUCUAAAAAAAAAAAAACAGUCACCCCAAAAGAACUCAUUAAACAUAUUUAGAAAGGAAUAAAAAUAGGAAUCACCAGCACCAGUUCAUUUUUACUGAACCUUGGAUUGCGAGCAUAAUACAUUCAAGAAGCGUGCUCAUUUAUCCAAAAAAAACAAAAAAAAAACAAAAAAACAAAAGCGAAUUUCCUCCAUAAGAAAUAAUAAUCAGAUUAUUUGUUACAGUACCUAAAAAAUAAAUACAUAAAAAUAAUUUAUACAAAAUAUAAAGGAAAAAUAAAACAAAUUAACCUGCACUUUACCUUUGAAAAGUAAAAAUAAAUCCCGAAAGAUAAGUGUUUUUGUAAGUGCGUUUUUGUGUGUGUUUGUGUGUGUAUACGCUGUGUAUG